AGAAGAUUGGAACCCAAGUAUCUUAGUAGUAGUCUUCGAUCCUCUAUAUUUCUCUUCGUUCUAAGUCCAUUCUCUUCGUUCUAAAGCCAUUCUCGAGUUCCUUUGUUCGAUUCGUGAGAGACACGUUUCGUGGAAGUUCUAAUACGGGAAAUCCAUGUAACAAUUGGUAUCAGAGCCUGGUUUCUCAACAAAUAGGUUCCAGGUUACGAGCAUAAACAUCGCACGCCGACAGGGUUGACAACCAGAGCAAGCGAUUGGCAAAACUCGAGCCACCAUCACCGAUGAGACAGAAACUGAUCCCCUAGUCCGAGUUCAGGCUACAGAAGGACGAUCGGAAACCCUCGAGGGGCGCGUCACCCAACUUACCGAGCAGUUGAAGGGGGUUGAUCGAAAGUUAGAGCGCAAAAUCGACGGUUUAUCGAAUUCCAUGGCCGAAAUUCAAGCUCGAGCCGAGGAAAGGUACGUCGAUUUGAAGGAGAUGCUCACGACCCUCAUCAGCGAGAGGAAGGGAGGGACUCUCCCGAGGAAUAAGACCAACGACGACCUCAUGGAGAACUCGUCGGAGAUACUCGAACGCCGCACUGCUGAGGCGAAGCUGAAGAAACCCGUCGUCGAUCGGGACGAGGUCGAGAUCGAGGAUGAAACAUCGUCGCCGAUUGGGGAGCAAGGCGGCAACAAUGGAGCCGAAGGCGGGACAGGCGGUGUUACGGUCGGACCAGAAUGGGGGUACAUGGCCAGACCAGGGUUCGACGUAGCGGGAGGACCCUCCCAUAUCACGGUGGACCAGAAUGGGGGUACAUGCCAACUCGGAGGAUCAGGCUAUUGGGCCCAGGACCAGGGAAGACGGGUUAGGACCAAGUUUGUGUUGGGAACCCUAGCUCGACACAGCCAACGGGUGGGCCGAACGCGGGUCAACAAGGACUGGGCGGAGAGGGAGCAUCCGCUGCUGGGCCGGGACGAUGGACUGCAUCUGGCGAAUCGGGCAAGUGGGACGUACAAGGGCCCGAGCGUGGUCCGGGCAAUCCAGCUGGGUCGGGCGACGCAGGCUAGCUGGGAGGAUCGUGCGCCGGGCCGAGUAUGCAGCAUGGAGGCUGGGGCGGAGGACCGUCUCGGCCAGGUGGCGGGCCAACAAGCCCGAUGAGCAGAAACAGGCCCAAUAGAGGGUGGGGAAACGGACCAGCAGGUCCAACCGGCAGAGCAUGGGUUCAAGGGGAUGGAUGGCCGAACCGGUAUGACGAUAAACCCGAGUAUUUUUGGCCCAAACAAGCUCAAUUGGAGUUUCUAAAGUUUAAUGGAGCCGAAGAUCCCUCCGGUUGGUUCGCUCGUGUGGAACAAUUCUUCAGAUUUUAGGGAACACAUGAAGACUACAAGGUUCCUCUAGCGUCUUUUCAUCUGGAAGGAGACGCGAACCAGUGGUGGCAGUGGCUUGAUCGAGCUUACAUGGCGUCUGGCAUGGUGAUCACUUGGUGAUAGACCAUUGAUUAUGCAUAACCCAUGGUUAUGCACCUAUCAAUAACCAAAUCUGGACCCUUCAUUUAGAAAAUCCAGAUCUUAAGGAUGGAGAAUUAAAGACCAUUUUUAUU